GCCGCCUCCCCUGCGGGGUAUGGCACAUAGAGGUCCAGAGAGAGCCCCUCGGACUCGCCGGGCGGAGCCAAGCCGGGUGGAGGCGGCCUCUCCAUGAGUCACUGCCCCCUGUGUGGGUUCCUGCUCCCGCAGGGAAGACCCGGCUCGUUUGCAGUGGCUCCUGCAGGAGAAGUAGGCCUAGCUGGAGCUGACCAGGCCUCCUCCCCACAGGGCCGUCCUUCCCAGCUCAGAAUGCAGCCCACAGCCACCAUGGCCACAGCCGCUGCCACCACCACCUCUGCCACGGUAGCCCUCACAACGUCGUGGGACAACAGCACUGGACGCCCCACGGCAGAGCCAGACCCUAUCCUGGACAACUACGUGCUGCUGGUGGUGGUGAUGUCGCUGUUUGUGGGGGGCACGCUGGUGGUGCUGUCCGGCGUCCUGCUUCUCUGCAAGCGCUGCUGGGACGUCCACCAGCGCCUCAACAGGGCCAUUGAGGAAGCAGAGAAGACCACCACCACCUACCUGGACAAUGGGACCCACCCCGCCCAAGACCCCUACUUCCGGGGGGAAGACCCCGAGGGCCAGGAUGCGGAGACGGAGCGCUUCCUGUCCACCAGCUCCACGGGCCGCCGGGUCUCCUUCAAUGAGGCAGCACUGUUUGAGCAGAGCCGCAAGGCACAGGACAAGGGCCGCCGGUACACGCUGACGGAAGGGGACUUCCACCACCUGAAGAAUGCCCGACUCACCCACCUGCAUCUGCCGCCCCUCAAGAUUGUCACCAUCCAUGAGUGUGACUCUGGAGAGGCCAGCUCGGCCGCCCUGCCCCACCCAGCCACCUCUCCCAAGGCCACCCUGGCCAUUUUCCAGCCCCCGGGGAAGGCCCUCACGGGCCACUCCGUGGGCCCCAGCUCCGCCCUGCCAGGUGACCCCUACAACUCAGCCGCGGGCGCCACUGACUUCGCAGAGAUCAGCCCCUUGGCAUCUAGCGACUCUGGGGAAGGCACCUCGUUGGAUGCGGAUACCAGGAGCACAAAGGCUGGAGGGCCCGGGGCUGCAGCAGGGCCUGGGGAGGCAGGCCCAGGCUCUGGGGCGGGCACUGUGCUGCAGUUCUUCACCCGCCUGCGCCGCCAUGCCAGCCUGGACGGGGCCAGCCCCUACUUCAAGGUCAAGAAGUGGAAGCUAGAGCCCAGCCAUCGGGCGGCCAGUCUGGACACAAGAGGUUCCCCCAAACGGCAUCACUUCCAGCGGCAGCGGGCAGCCAGUGAGAGCAUGGAGCAGGAGGCGGCGGGCACCCCCCACGUGGACUUCAUCCAGUACAUCGCCAGGGCUGGUGACACUGUGGCCUUCCCGUCCCCCCGCCCCUUUCUGGCCAGCCCCACCAGCCCGCCCCCUGCUCUCGGCAGGUAUUUUUCAGUAGAUAGAGGUGCUAGGGGUGGACCCGUGGGCCCUUGCCCCGUUGCCCCUCCCAGGCGGCCCAGGGAGCGCGCUCCAGACCCCGUGGACCCGGGCUCGCCCGCCUCCAGCGGCAAGGCCCCUCCCAGAGGCCGACUCACUGGGGCCACCUCUCCAGCAUGGACCAGAGGAGGGAAGCGGGGAGAGACUGGGUAAGGGUAGGGGGGUACGUGGGGCCCCGCCGCCGAUGGCCACAGGCAGUAACACUUCGGGGUACCUGCCUGGGCUAGUACUGCCACUUCCUGGUGGAGCCCCAGGCCCUCUCCCACCC